UCUCUUAGAACAGUUGCAUUAGUGUAUGUGAGUGUAAAUAGACUAUCGAGGAUCGGUCUACCCGACGGUGAUUUCAUAGCUAGUCGGUGAAUGGAUCUGGGAUUUGUGCAGUGAGAUAGUCGCGCACUAGGCAAUAGUUCGACAACCUGCUCUGCCAGCUCACAUGAUGAAGAAGCGAUUAACUGCACAGUUUGCUAGCCAGCUAUCAAACAUCAGCUAGAUUGCUAGCUGGACUUCCGGAUUCUUCUUAACUUGCUAGAUAGCUUGCUGUGUAUUUUUAAGUUUUGGGCUGAUAAAGCAGAUCAGUUUGGAUAAUUCAGUAAUAAUUCAGAGUCUGACUACAGUCAAUCUAAAUAAAAAACACUUGCCGGUCUCUUGCAGCGGCAAGGCCGUUGUAUCAGCCGGAGCAAUGGCCGACAGGACAAGUUUCUUGGGAGCAAGGAUUCCUGCGGAAGUGGAAAUCAUGGCAAAGCAUUUGAAAGAUUUAGACAAAGAACUGUUCAGGAAAAUACUUAAAGUGGUGGUAAAUGCAGUUGAAGGGAGGGACUGCAGAGGAUCAAUGAAGUCGCUUGCUGAUAAUUCUACCCUCUCUGAAGAACAGUUGAGCUAUAUAGUAGCAGGAAUAUAUCGACUUCUAAAGGAGGCAUUACGUCUUCCAACAUCUUCACUGAAACAAGAGGUCUUCAAAGAAGAUCUCAGAGAACUUAGGAUAUCAGAGGAGUUCAUCACAGACUUUGCUAGUGUGGUCUUCGGAAACAGACGUGCCGCCCUUGAAGCUGCCGCCAUGCAGCAGGGGCCUCGGUUACCCACCAUUGAGGACUGCAGAUGGAGAGUGGAUGUGGCCAUUUCAACAAGCUCCCUUGCCCGUGCAUUGCAACCUUCCAUUUUAAUGCAGCUGAAGUUGACGGAUGGGAGUUCCCACCGACUUGAGGUGCCAGUCAGCAAGUUUCAGGAACUGCGUUACAAUGUUGCACUAAUUCUCAAGGAAAUGAAUGACCUUGAGAAGAGAAGUGUUCUGAAAAUCCAAGACUGAGAAGUUUUCAUAACGAUGUGAUUAAGUGAAUAUCUUCAUGAAAUGCUUUGGAAACAAUGACAAUACAAAUGGAUGUUGUAAAUUGCUUGAAUAUUGUUACCUGAUGACAGUGGUGCAUUCCAUUCUUCCACAAUGUCAUGCAAAUCAAGUAUGAUGAAAUGUAAAUCACUGGAGACAGUGGAUUUCCAAGUUGCUGUCAUCAGCAUUCAUUUUAAAUGGGCAGCAAAACCAUGUGUGUUUUUAGCACAUUCCUACAUACACCAUCUCAUGUUCAAAGCAGAAGAUACAUUUUGCACUUAACAUGUACAUGAGGCACUAGGUAUGAAUAAGUUCAGUUAUUGUGUUGUAGACCUAAUUAGAUUUACGUACAGUAUUUUAAAAAGCAGAACUGUGAGAAUAUCUCAAACCCCACAGCAAAGAAUGGUGAAUGACAAAAGUAAAAAAGCCAAUCUGUAUGACUCUAAACAUAAUU